AUGUCCAGCCAAGGCCCCCUAACAACUUGGCUCCUCGAAAGCUCCCCCCAAUCCCUCACCCGUGCAACAAACCAUCCUUUCCUCGCCGCCGCCGGCCGCGGCACCCUCCCCAAACCAAUCCUCUCCCAAUGGCUCUCCCAAGAUAGACUAUACGCACAAUCCUACAUCCGCUUCAUGGGCCAACUCCUCUCCAAAAUCCGCCUAGACGCCCGCUCCACAAACCCCAAAGCCUCCCAAGCCUCAACAGCAGACCAACAAGCCGUCGACAUCCUCAUCGACGCCCUCGUCAAUAUCCGCACCGAGCUCCGCUUCUUCGAGUCCACCGCAAAGGAAUACGGGCUCGAUCUCUCCGCCAUCUCCGUCGACGAAGGCGGCCACUGCCUCGCCGUCAACGGCUCCGGCUGCAUCACCACCUCCGCCGGCAUCUCGACCACGGGCUCAGGCUCCUGUCCCGGCUUCACCGGCGCCGCAGGCCCAAUGGGCGGCAAGGUGAUCGGCAGCAGCAAGACCGGCGGCUACGGCACCAGCAAGGACGAGCUCGACCUGCCGCUCUCGACCAUCGAAUCCGGCGAGCUCGAUUCCGGCGACAGUAUCCUCCACCGCCUCUGUGCGGCGCAGGGCGAGUGCCAGGUGCAGAGCGCUGGGGACGUGUGCCAUGCGUCUGCGGCUGCGUCGGCGGCUGGUGUCAAGAAUAAGAAUCCAAUUGCGUUUACGCCGGAGGGCGAGCCGGUUGUGCCGUCUGGGGCUGGGGGGCGGCCGGCUUCGCUGGAGCCGCUGGAGCGUGGCGGGCCGGUUUUCUUUGCGGCGACGAGGAUUACGCGCGCGUAUAUUGAUAUGUUUAUGUCGGCGGGGAGUGCGGGCGUGCCGGUUAUUGAGGGCUUGACUGUUUUGUGGGCGACGGAGGUGUGUUAUUUGAGGGCUUGGAAGUAUGCUGCGGCGUUUUUGAAGGCGAGGGAGGGUAAGGAUGAUGGGGCGCGGGAUGCGGAUGGGGGUGCGUUGCGGGAGAAGUUUAUUCCUAAUUGGUCGAGCGAUGAGUUUGAGGCUUUUGUGGAUCGCAUUGGGGAGGUUUUGAAUAUUUUGGCUAGUCAGUGUAAGGGGGCUGAAGAGUGUGAGAUGAUGCGGGGUCGGUGUUUGGAGUGGUGGAGGCAGGUUGUAUGGCUGGAGCAGCGGUUCUGGCCUAUGAUGGAGGAGUAUUGA